CGACGACGACGGCGACGACGACAACGACGGUGACAGCGAUCACCCUGCAUUUGUUUCACGCGAUCAUGUCAGGGACAAGCUGAUGAACUUUUGAACACCUACAAUGAUGUGACAAUAAAGAUAUCUUCUCCUACGUCCUUUAUCAUAUCGCGGGGUAUUGACCCUGUUCUACAGUGCUUCCCAGAAUAGAUCAAGAGAAUGAAAUAAAAAUAAUCAUCGGUUAAAUUGGUGAUUAAUAAAAACAGUGCCAAACGUCGAUAGACAAGCCAAUCAAAGUGAAUAUAGAGCAUCUUGAUAUUUCGUUAAACAUCGACAAUUAGGGAGCAAAAGAGAAAGAGCAAAGAUAGCAAGAAACAAAAGGUUGGCUACUGACUGUAAAACGCACAGAACAGAACGAUUAGAUUAAGUUUUAACGAAGAGGAGGACAGCACAAACAAGGGAAAAUAGUGACAGUUAUAGAAAAGAAAGCGAAUUAAUUAUUGAAAGGUUACGCGAGGGAAGAAUCACAGGUGAUACAAGAGAAUAAGAAGAAUAGAAUGGGCAAUAAGUUGUCUUGCAGUUGUGCUCCUCUUAUCAGAAAGGCUUAUCGUUACGAGGAUUCACCAUGGCAGGCUGGCGCGAGAAACGGAAUAAGCAGCAGCGGAGGUCGCAGGGGUGAUACUGGCCACUUGCUCAGGUGCGGAAGCUUAAGAGAAAGGAAGAGACUGUGGGCUGAAGUGUUCCAUGUAAGUGCCAGUGGGGGAGGGUCUGUAAAGUGGCAGCAGGUCUCUGAGGAUUUAGUUCCUGUAAAUAUCAUAUGCAUUCAAGAUUCGCCAGAAUGUAUUUUCCACAUUACCGCAUACAACAGUCAGGUGGACAAAAUUUUGGAUGUACGAUUGGUUCAACCAGGUACUCGCAUUGGACAAGCGUCAGAGUGUUUCGUUUACUGGAAAGAUACGAUGACUAACGAUACAUGGGGAUUGAAUUUUACUUCUCCGAUAGAUGCUAAACAAUUCAAAGAAUGUUGCUCUCUGUCGUCCAAGAUUUCAAGGAAAGCGUCCUCUUCUUACUCGUUGAAGCUUGAACCACUUAACAAACAAAAAAUCAACAAAAUACGGAAAAAGCCCUUAUCGACACCGGCGUCGCCAAGUAGGUCCAGGGAACCUCAAUGUACUUGCAUGACCUCGGAACAACUCGCCAAAUUUCGAAACCCAGGACCUAGAUAUCGAGAAUUUUGCGUUACUUCCACGCUACCGCGGACUAUGGCACGAUCCACGGAAGUGGAAAUGACACCAGCUCGUGAUAAAAUAACAGCGGCAACAUCGAGUGCGUCUCUCUACGAUAAUGUCAACAAUACCAAUGUAACACCAGGAAAAACACCAAAGGCAGGUGAAUCGAAACAAAAGGAAAAGCAAAAUGAAACGUAUCAAACUACACCGAAGACGGCAAACGUGGGCAUUGAAACAGUCACCGUUGGAUCGCAGAUCGAUAGUCCAGAAGAGGAAAGCACGAUAUCCCCGGAAAAAGGUCGGAAACAAAAUCAAGAUUCGUCUACUCAACAAAAUGGUACCGAAAUGUUAAAGUCAGAAGGUACACAAGCAGGUGGUACAUUACAAAAUAAAUCUUUGCGAAAAGAGCAGUUACAUCAUACGAAGUCUGCUGAUUAUACAGACUUGGAGUUGCAAAACGGAAAUAUUUUUAACAUAGUGAAUAAUAAUCAUAGUGAAAAGAAAUCAAAAAGCAAGAGUACAGAUGAUAUGAGAAUCGAAAAUGCACAAAACGGUGGAAUUAGUUUAGAUUCAAAUACCUUGAAAAGAAUGUUGAAACCAAUGUCGAGUAUCGAUAGUCCGGUUACGUCACCAGAAAUGACUAGAAAAAGGCAUAGCCACCACAAUUAUCAUUAUCAUCCAAGCAAUAAUAAUCAGAAGUACGUUAUGCAAGAGACUGGAAAUGAAAAUUGCACGCCUCUUUAUCGAGUACCGUAUAAUACCAAGUUCCAGACAUCUAGAAGCGUGCAUGAUAUGGGACGUCAAUACGCUGGCGACAGAACCAGGACCUAUUUAGAUUCGGAACGUAAUCGGUGCACAGGUGAUAUGUCGCCGCCAUCGGAUAAUGUCAUCUUCGAUAAUCAGUGUUACGCGACUACACCGAGUUCAUCGAAUGGGAAUUCGGAUAUGGAACAACCGACGCAUUGCAAUUCACGUCGUUGUACAGUUGGUCAGGCGUAUCAACAACAAAACAUGCAAUCGGUUUCAACACCUGGUAGUCCAACUAGUAGACUUCUCCUUGAGUAUGAAAUGCAUCUAAGGAACACAUUGGCCAAGGGUAUGGACGCUGAAAGCUACAGUUUACGUACUUUCGAGGCGUUACUAACGCAAAGCAUGGAAGAUUUAGAAUUCGCAAAAAAUAUACCGUUGAACAUUCAACGUACACCUCACGUUUCACGAAGACGUUCUACUUCCAAUAAAUCAUCAACUUUACCACUAUCUUAUCGUUAUUGCAACGAAAGGCAAAAUAGUAAGGAUAGAGAUGGUUACUAUAGUGAUCGUAAUGAAAUUAUCAGAGAGAAACGAGACAGAGACAUUGAUCGAGAUCGUGGAUAUCUUAGUGAUUAUAAUUCUAGAUGUGCUAGCUGCGUUGGAGAAUCUGCACGUGCACAGUGGUUUCGACAUUCCGAUGGAUGGCAAUCUGGUAGUUCGACACUUGGUUCUGGCGCUUCUAGUUCCAUGAAUCCAAGUUAUUUGGGACAUAAACGAGAUUCAACGUGGGAUUCUUUACCAUCUUUAAGACACGAGGGUAGCCUCAACGAUAGCGGAUAUAAAUCGAAUCGAACCGAUUCUUUAGAACAAAGGGGUACAUUUGAUAGACAAGACAGCGUGAGAUCAGAUUAUAUGUCAGACCGGGAUGGCAGGUACGGAAUUGUUCAACAAGCUUCUCUAGAGAGCACAGACUCGAGAAUUUGCUACUUGACGUCCUCAGAGAUGUCGGACGAUGAUAAAAUGUCACUAACUACUGCCGUUAGCGACGAUGACGAUGGUGAAAGUGUCAUAAAUUCACCCUAUCGAGGAAAACAAACUGCAGCUUCGUUCAAUUGCACAGGAGCGGUUCGUAAGGCUGGAUACUUAAGCGUAAAAAAAUGGCUAUUGCGAAAGAAGCAUCAAAUCGAGCUUGCCAGGAAAAAAGGUUGGAAAGGUUAUUGGGUUUGCUUGAAGGGAACUACGCUUCUCUUCUAUCCUUGUGACUCUCAAGAAAGUAGGGAUAUGGAGGCAACGCCUAAACAUUUAAUUAUUGUCGAUGGUGCAAUAAUGCAACCAAUACCGGAACAUCCGAGACGAGAUUAUAUAUUUUGUUUGAGCACAGCAUUUGGCGAUGCUUAUUUAUUUCAGGCACCGUGUCAAAUGGAACUCGAGAACUGGGUGAACAGUAUACAUUCAGCUUGUGCCGCUGCAUUUGCGCGUCAUCGUGGUAAAACUGGAACCCUUCACUUAUUGCAAGAAGAAAUAUUUCGCUUAGAAAAAGCGAUAGAAUCGGAUCACAAAUUAAAACACAUGGCUGAUCUUCGACAGUCUGUUGUGUCUGAUGCAGAGACAAAACAACAGAUCAACAAUCAGAUUAUUCAGUGGGAAGAAAAUUUGGAGCGACUUCAUUGCGAGCAAUUCCGUCUUAGAUGCUAUAUGGCGAGUUUACAAAGUGGCGAAUUACCAAAUCCAAAGAGUUUAUUGACGCACGUAUCUCGUGCUACAAAGCAGACAUUCAAUGAAUUAAGAGUUUUCACCGUAUCGUCGUUUCACGCUUUUAUAUGCGCGCGAAGCCCUUCGUUGCUGAACAAUCUACUAGCAGGUCGAGGAGCUACUAAGAGAAGACCACCAUUAUUAUCGAGAUCCAAUAGCGCAUCCAGUAGAAGAUCUCUUCAAAUUUCGUCGAGAGACGAUGAGAAAACUGUGAAGGUGUAUGUACCGGAUAAUCAGCUGGUAUCUGUAUUUGUCCAUGACGCUAUGACAGUAGAGGAAUUUCUUGCAAGUGCUUGCAAUAGGAAAAGUCUUAAUCCGAUGGAUCAUUUUGUCCGUGUAAAGAAACGACGCGACAUGGAAGAUCAUAACUAUUUCGUACCACAUAGAACUGACUUGAUAGAGACUUAUCUGCAUACCCAUGAAAUUGUUGAAGUAUGCGCAAAAAUCUUAUAUCAAGUAGAAUUACAAAGAUACACUCUCGAACAAAUGUGGGGUUUUUCGGUGGAAGCAGAGCUAAUAGAGAAUUCUGAUCGGCAAGAUGAAUUGUGUUGUUACGUUAGCAGAGUUGAAGAUAAAAGCGUAGCGAUGCAAAAUGGGAUAAUUAAAGGUGAUGAAAUUAUGGUGAUCAACGGUGCAAUAGUAAGCGAUUUAGACAUGAUGUAUCUGGAAAGUGUACUACAAGAAGAGGUCGGUUUAUGCAUGAUGAUGAAGUCUUCACGAACUGAACCACCAGAUCUCACAGGCAUAAUGAGAGAUACCGAUGACAUUAUUGAAAGUUUGGUUUGCCCACCUCCACCUUCCGACCCACCGGUUAUAAGCGAAGAAAUGAUUUCUGGUUUAAUUGUUCCAGCUCCUGGAUGGAGCAAAGAAAGUAUCGUGCAGGAGUGUACGUCAACAUCUCACAUAGAAAAUGGCAAACAAACUUCACGCACAAAUUCAUUCGAAAUAGAAAACUUAUUAAAAACCGCCGAACAAGUUACGGGAAUAUGUCGAUCACCUGGUGAAACGAGAAAAUCUAGUCCUACUGGAAGCGUUGUUAGUUCUCAUUCUCAAGCUCUGACGCCAAGCCGGCAAUUAAGCGAUGCUGAGAAAUUAAAGAAAGUUAUUCUAGAAUUAAUUGAGACUGAACGUACUUAUGUGAAGAAUUUAAAUAAUUUGCUCGAGAACUACUUAGAGCCUCUUAAACGUGAAACCUUCCUAUCAAAUGCAGAGAUAAACGCACUAUUCGGAAACAUACAAGAGAUUGUUACAUUUCAACGACAAUUUCUACAAAAUCUUGAUCACGCGAUCGAGAUGGAAACUGAUUUCAAUAAUUUUGAUCAUCCUAGUCAAUUUAAGGGUGUCCUGUUUUCCAUUGGAAGUGCCUUCUUAUAUUAUGUAAAUCAUUUCAAGUUGUACAGUUCGUUUUGUGCUAGUCAUUCAAAGGCGCAAAAGGUUUUACAUCCAAACGAAGGAAACCAAGCUUUACAAGAGUUCCUGCAAGCGCGAAAUCCAAGGCAGCAACACUCGUCAACUUUAGAAUCGUACUUGAUAAAACCUAUUCAACGAAUUUUGAAAUACCCUUUGCUGUUACAACAGCUUCGAAACCUUACUGAUGAACGGAGUGAAGAGCAUCAGCAUUUAAUCGAAGCUUUAAAAGGUAUGGAAAAAGUAGCAGAACAUAUAAACGAGAUGCAAAGAAUUCACGAAGAAUAUGGAGCCAUCUUCGAUCAUUUAUUCAGACAACAUCAAAAAUCUUGCAAACAGCCGAUCGACUUAAGUCCAGGAGAUCUUCUAUAUUAUGGAGGAGUCGAAUGGCUUAAUAUUUCCGACUUUCUUGGUAAAAUUAAGAAAGGCCUGGAAUUACACGCAAUGUGUUUUGUAUUUAAGUCCGCUGUUGUAUUUCUGUGUAAGGAAAGAUUGAGACAGAAGAAGAAGCUUAUGGGGGUAUCCACGAAAGCAAAUUCCAGCGAGGUAGAAAUAAUUCGCUAUCAAGUGUUGAUUCCUGUAACGGAAGUGCAAGUUAGAGCUAGUUCCGCCAAAGAUAUGGAAUCUCAUUUUCUAUGGGAAUUGAUCCACUUAAGAAGUCAAUUACAGAGAAGAUCGGAGAAAAUAUACGUGCUUUCUAACAGCACAACAGAAUUUAGGAAUGCAUUUUUGAGAACAAUACGUCAAAUUAUUCGAGAAUCAGUUCGAAACAUGAGUAUACCAUCGACAAAACAAAACUUGAGUCAACCACCAAUGACCAUUUCACCACGAAUGUCAACUGGACAUGUUGAGAAAUUUGAGAAACAAGCGGCAAACCAAGGACAAAAUGUCGGUAACGGUGGUACUGCAGCUACCGGUACGGUAUCGAAGAAAUCGGUUAAACCGCAAUUGCUACCGACUUCGCAUAACGUAAAACGAAAAUACAGUCAAUCGAAGCAAACAGUAGAACAUGAAAGUUCUGAAGAUAAAGAUACCGAGGAACCAACCGGUACAAUUAAUCAACAGCCCACCACGUUUCGUUCUCGAAGCAAGACUAUAAGUGAUACAUCUGGGGAAAUAAAAGUCGAAAUGGAUUCGGGGACAAAAUCCGAGGGAGAAGAAGACUCGCAAGCUUUUUUAGGUGAGAAGAAGAAUUUGGGCCGUACACCGAAUCAUUUGACUUUGAGCACCACUUCAACCAUUUCAGCAGGAAGUACGGGUAGUCAGGCUAGACUGAUCCAGUCUUCUCACCAGCCGGAAAAUUAUCAACCAAUCACAGUCAAGGAACUUGGUUCACCGAUUUGGAAACCAAGGGAAUUACCUUCACUAGGGGAGUCCACAACAUUGCCACGUAAGGGAGAGAAUUCUAAAGAAGAGACAGAACUUCACUUUUAGCGGGAAUCAAAAGAUUUCUCUCGAAACAAAGGGAGAACGUUUCGAUACUCAACUUAUGCACAAUUGAUGAAAAUUUCAAAGAAGCUCAUUCUCGGAUUCUUCUUUCCAUUCUUUCGUCGGCUAUCUUUCAAUCUUCCAUCUACCAUCGUGUCACAUCGUCUUACUACUAUUCGCUGCAACUGUUAUAUUGCAGUAAUUAAAAUUAAACAUCAAAUGUAUUAAAAAAAGUUACAGACACGCGCGCACGCACAUGCGUAUGUAUGUAUAUACAUAUACGUACGUAUUUAUGCACUAAUGAACGCGCGUGAGCCAGCUCACGUAUACAUACAUGGACAUACACGCCAUACAUUAUUUCACUAACAGUGCUAACAAGGAGUAAGCAAGCAUAGCAGAUCUUCUGAAAUGUUAUCUAUUGAUAUUACCACUAUAUCAUCACCGCUACUAUUGCUGCUGUUGCUACUGUUUUUCUAACUACAACAACAAUAACUACAAUUAUAACUACAACAACAACUGUUCCUGCUGUUACCACUGUCGCUGCUACUAUUUCUCUUAACGUUGCUGCUGCUGCUGCUGUUGUUGCUGCUGCCGCCGCCGCCGCCGCUGCUGCUGCCACU